CGGCUGCUGUGCCAAAUCUCUCGUCUUACGCUAUCGCUGCGACAUAAAACACUGCAAAAUCAACCAUGGCGCCACUCGUGGGCGUGAUCAUGGGCAGCGACAGCGACCUGCCGGUCAUGAAGGCAGCCUGCGAGAUGCUCGAGAAGUUCAAAAUCGAGUACGAGUGCACGAUCGUGAGCGCGCACCGCACGCCGGAUCGACUCGUAGAGUACGCGCGGAGCGCCAGACGCAGAGGCUUGAAAGUAAUAGUGGCUGGCGCGGGCGGCGCCGCGCAUCUGCCGGGCAUGGUCGCCGCGAUGACGCCGCUGCCCGUCGUCGGCGUGCCCGUGAAGACGUCCGCGCUGUCGGGCGUCGAUUCGCUGCACUCGAUCGUGCAGAUGCCGCGGGGCGUGCCCGUCGCGACGGUCGCCAUCGGCAACGCGACGAACGCGGGGCUGCUGGCGGCGCGCAUCCUGUCGACGUCGAACGACGCGCUCGCCGACGCGCUCGAGGCCUACGCGGCGUCGCAGCGCGACGAGGUCCUCGGCAAGGCCGAGGUCUUGGAAGGGAGCGGCUGGAAGGCGUACCUCGAGCGCAAGGAAGCGCCGAAGUCGACGACGGUCAUGUAGUAACACACUUAUUUCU